CCAGCCGAGCACACGCGGCGCCCGCAGCCACUGCGCGCUCGCCGGCCGCGCCCCGAGGGAGAAGCCACAGCGGCGUGGCCCCCGCCCGGCCGCCCCGCACUAUGCUGCCCGCGCGCUGCGCCCGCCUGCUCUCGCCCCACUUGCUGCUGCUGUGGCUGCAGCUGGCGGCCGCUGGCGGCCACCGCACCACGGGCCCCCGGUUUCUCAUCAGUGACCGGGACCCUCAGUGCAACCUCCACUGCUCGAAGACUCAGCCCAAACCCAUCUGUGCAUCUGAUGGCAGGUCCUAUGAGUCCAUGUGUGAAUACCAGCGGGCCAAAUGCCGAGAUCCAAACCUGGGUGUGGUCCAUCGAGGUCGAUGCAAAGACGCUGGCCAGAGCAAGUGUCGCCUGGAGAGGGCUCAGGCCCUAGAGCAAGCCAAGAAGCCCCAGGAAGCGGUUUUUGUUCCCGAGUGUGGCGAGGAUGGUUCCUUUACCCAGGUGCAAUGUCACACUUACACAGGGUACUGCUGGUGUGUCACCCCAGAUGGGAAGCCCAUCAGUGGCUCUUCUGUGCAGAACAAAACUCCUGUAUGUUCAGGUUCAGUCACUGACAAGCCCCUGAGCCAGGGGAACUCAGGAAGGAAAGUUCAGCGUGCUGGUGAGAGAAUGGUCCUUCCUGCCUUCUCAUCCAUUUUAGAUGAGGAUGGAGAAAUAGAUGACGGGUCCAAGCCGACGCCCACAGUGGAGACUCAGCCGGUCUUUGACGGAGAUGAAAUCACAGCUCCCACUCUAUGGAUCAAGCACUUGGUCAUCAAGGACUCCAAAAUGAACAACACGAAUAUAAGAAACUCAGAGAAAGUCCACUCGUGUGACCAGGAGCGUCAGAGUGCCCUGGAGGAGGCCCAGCAGAAUCCCCGAGAGGGCAUUGUCAUCCCCGAGUGUGCCCCUGGGGGCCUCUAUAAGCCAGUGCAGUGCCACCAGUCCACUGGCUACUGCUGGUGUGUGUUGGUAGACACGGGACGCCCACUGCCCGGGACAUCCACGCGCUAUGUGAUGCCCAGCUGUGAGAGUGAUGCUAGAGCCAAGAGUGCCGAAGUGGACGACCCCUUCAAGGACAGGGAGCUUCCAGGUUGUCCAGAAGGGAAGAAGAUGGAGUUCAUCACCAGCCUACUGGAUGCUCUCACCACUGACAUGGUGCAGGCCAUCAACUCAGCGGCACCCACUGGUGGUGGGAGGUUCUCAGAGCCAGACCCCAGCCACACCCUGGAGGAGCGAGUGGUGCACUGGUACUUCAGCCAGCUGGAUAGCAACAGCAGCAAGGACAUCAACAAGAGGGAGAUGAAGCCCUUCAAGCGCUACGUGAAGAAGAAAGCCAAACCCAAGAAAUGUGCCCGGCGCUUCACUGACUACUGUGACCUCAACAAGGACAAGGUCAUCUCACUGCCUGAGCUGAAGGGCUGUCUGGGAGUCAGCAAAGAAGGUGGUAGUCUUGGCAGCUCCCCCCAGGGAAAACGAGCAGGCACAAAUCCAUUCAUAGGACGCCUCGUCUAAGGAGCAGAAAACCAGAAGGCAGGUGGACAGACCAGGACGGCUCAUCAAACACCUGGACUUCAACAGUACCCUUGGCUCAGCCUCCUCCCACGUAACACAAGGGGUGCCCACCGUGAUUGCACUUUCAGUAACUCAUCUUUGUGUGCUCUCUUUUCAGUUUUGUGUCUCAACACCGAUAUCUAACACCACAGCGGGGAAAGGAAAGGGAAGGACAACUGUUUAUUCUCUCUCUUAUUGUAUGUUUUUUUUUGGUUUUGGGGGUUUGUUUUUGAUCUGCUACUGACAACUUUUUAGGGGGUUUUGUUUGUUUUAUUUUUGUUUUUGAGGGGAGGGGUGGGCAUUGUUGGGACUGAGAAGAAAGAGAUUUAUAUGCUGUACAUAAAUAUAUAUGUAAAUUGUAUAGUUCUUUUGUAUAGGUGUUGGCAUUACGGUUUGUUGACUCCAUCCCCCUCUCUCUGCUCUGGCCUAUGGGAGUUCUGGACACAGGAUCCACCUUUUUAGAAUGCAAGCCUCACCCCAGUCCUCACAGACCAUGUGUCCGCCACCAUUCCUGCGGCCCACGGAGCUAUAAUCCUCAGAGGAUUUGUGUUAGGUCUGUUAAAACAUCUCACCUGUGCUUGGCAUCAGCUGUGAAGCACCAGGGGCGAGGCAGAGAGGAGCAGGAUACCCAGUAAGGCUUCCCAGUCAGUGUUCGUUCUCUGCGCAGUGGAGGGGAAAGGCCAGCAGCCUGUGCUGGUGAGGGUAAUGCCAACAGCAGGCCUUUCCUGUUCUUCCUGAUGUUUAUAAAGUUUUCCCAGCUUGAGAUCAGUCCGGAAGCAGAAUUGUUCUUGGGCCUUCUCUUCUACCCAACCCCAGCCCCCAACACACAUGCCCAUGUGCAGGGUACAGUUGGACAGCAGGGGGACAUCAAGGCAGCUGUCCACACACACACUUCACUAGGGCGCCGCUACGGGCUGCCCAGCCUGGGGGCUCAGAGGCACAGCUUCCUCCUCGCAGCUGACCGGGGUCUUUCAGGAGGCGUUGGACACAGAGCCACAGAUGACAUCUAAGACCUCUUCACACAGCAGCAGCCAUGGUGACCUCAAGAAAGAUGGAGGAGCCCAGAACUGGUGGCCUCACUGGAUUGCUUUCAGAAACCUGGCCUCAUGUCAGAGCCCACCGCCGGGCCGUGUAAGCACACCUGCCCACACAGACUGCAUCCCACAUGGAGCGGGAAGCGUUGGCAAGCGGCUUAGGAGAGUCCCCAGUGGGGUGGGGCUCGAAGGAGGGAAAGUGCUUGCCAUCUGGGUUCAAGUCCUAGAGGUCCUCUCAGGAGUGACCAAAGGGCCCAUCCCAAGUAAAGCUGGGCCAGAGGAACUGGAGUUGACUGGGCCUUCCUGCUCCGAGUCCUUUCUUGUUCUAGAAGAAGCAUGUAAACACAGAGGAGAUAGAUGCCCCCUCAUAGGAGCUCAGAGUCCAGCCCAGAAUACCUUCAUUCUGCACAUACGUGGGCGGUUAUGUGCUUUUUCAUUUGUGGGAAGAGAGAGACUAUUUGUAGCUUGUUUACUAAAAAAUAAAAACCGGGCAACCUU